UUACAGGUGUAUAUGUAUAAUGGCUUGAGUGUAGGAGUGGCAUAUCCCUGGUCAUCUCUAGACUCUAAGCCAGAAACAAGACAAGACUAUAUAAGAAAAAAAGGAUUAUUAGCAAUGGAUUGUAGAAGAACUCAACUUGGGCAGUUAAAUUCUGCAAAUACAGCACUUUUUGUUUGUGACAUUCAAGAAAAAUUUCGGCCAGCCAUAUGGAAUUUUAAGGCUGUUGUAUCAAAUACAAAAAAAUUGCUGAGUGGCUGCAGUAUCCUGAGUGUUCCUGUUGUCGUGACAGAGCAGUACCCAAAAGGCCUUGGUGUCACUGUUGCUGAGCUGGAUCUCGAGUCUAUACCAAUUGCACUGAAGGUUGAGAAGACACAGUUCAACAUGGUUACCCCAGCAGUUGAGGAAGCCAUGAUCAGUACACUGUGCAAGGAUGGGCUCUCUAGUGUUGUUAUCUGCGGCAUUGAGACUCACGUGUGCGUUGAACAGACUGCCAUAGACUUGUUAGCUAGAGGCAUCUCGGUGCACGUCGCUGCAGACUGCUGCACAUCGCGGACCAACCAAGACAGGAACCUGGCUCUGCAGAGGCUGUCCAAAAUAGGCUGCCACGUGACAACGUGCGAGACGGUCCUCUUUAAGCUAUUGGGUGACAAACAACAUGCCAAGUUCCAAGAAAUUUCCAAGCUCGUGCGUGAGCCGUGCAAAGAUGUAGGCCUGUUUGUUUAAUUCAAUAUGGAACUCAUAGAGAUUCUUGUCCUUUUUAUUCGUGAUUCAUGUAUACACUGGGCUCGUUUUGUUGUGGUAGAGGCGUGCUGCAUUGAUUUUGCGUUCGGGAUUGUGAAUGUCAAUGUGGAUGCAGUAAAAAUCUAUCAGGAAAAGUGUUUGGAAGAAAAAUUUUGGGUUAUCUUUCCAAUUAUCGCUUGAAUAUCUAUGAUAGUUCAUUGAGAGACAGAACUCGAGUUAGUGGGAGCUGCCGGUCUGGUCGCGUUACAACCACUAAACAUCGAACCAUAUUGGGCAUGUGGUACAAGACCUGUAAAAAAUUGUUGCAUGUACUAGACUAAAAAUUUUAUGUACUUCUCUUUUUGUUUUUCCGCCAUAAUCAUAAAUUAUCAAAUAACCUGUUAAUCGUGCUAAUUAGGUCGGUUUUACUGUGAUGUUUCUCAGUACCAAUAGUAAUUCUAACGGCAGUGCCUUUAAAUUUUCCCAGUAAGGAACUUUCAUGCUAAAUUACUGCUAGUGUAAAAAUCUGACUAGUUACAACACCGAUUCAAGGAAGCUGACUCUUUAUUCUUGCUUGGUAAUUCCACUACAAGGUCACCGAACCGUUCACGAGUUUUCAAGUUUCAAUUGACAUGCUACAUUUAAAACCAAGUAAUCGUGCCUAGAGGCAACGAAAGCAAUAUAUAGUUUCACAUUUUCUGGUCAUUACUCAUACCUACACCUUAUACUCGCAUGUAUUUAAUUGGUUGUAAUUUAAACUGAGUUUAUUACUAGGUUACUGGAGAAGAAUCGGACGCAAAUUGUCUCAAACCAUGGCAUUUUUACAUAGUACGGGCCAUUUAUUUAGUUACUAUAAUAAUAACACAACCACUAUCAGUAUGACCUUAAUAUAAUUUGAGCACAACCAACAGCUUGUAAACUUGAUACAAUCCUGUUAGGUAUUAAAGGGGCAAUGAAUUGAAAUCACGAAGCCUUUUCGUUCGAUCUUCCAGAACGUGGAUGCUAAGUUCUGCUUUAGAGAUGUUAAUUAAUGAUGUUUAAUAUAUGUUUAGAUGUUUAAUGUAUUGAAUGUUACAUUUGUGGGAGUUCAUAUUUCUACCUCUGAGAGGGUUUCUAUUGUACUUGCUAUAUAAAUUAUUGAAUUACGUGUGAGCUGAUCCCAAGAUCUCAAGCUGAAACAAGCAAUAGAGUAGGUAUAUUCCUGAGCUUCGGCCUACGAGGGACAGAAAUGCAAGGCAAUGUUGUAGGGUAAAAUCCCAACAUUUUAUAUACCUACUCUAUUUCGAGAACUAUAUAUGUUUUUUUCGCCCGUCACACGCUAGCCUUGCAUAUAAGUAAGAUUUAGUAACUUUGGUUCAUCUUAGACGAAAAAUUUAUAUCAAUUUAGGCAAAUUACGAUUGACCCGGGAGCUAGUACUGUAGUUACACCUGUUCUGAAGUUUGAAGCAUGUUGCGUUCCAUCAUUCUGCUCUAUCCUCAAGGUUUCUUGUUGAACGUGUAACUCUAUCUGAAUAAAGACUUUUUAUGUUUCCCUG